AUGUCGGAAGAGGACCGCGUUAAAGCCUUCAAGUUCAUGGCUGCUGCAUCUGCUGAUCUUCGCUUUACUGCUGACCAAAAAGUACCUGACCUCUGCAGCUCGAGACUGGCAGCCUGCUUCCCCAUACUGUCCCCCCCUGACGAUGCGCUACCUGAAACUACUUCGUGGUCAGAUUUCGCGAGGCAGGGUAGGCUUGUCUUGGACGAACCCUCUGACCCCAACGACGGCUGCUACCUUUCCGAUCCAGACGGGUCUUCGUCCGAUCUCUACCCGUGGGACAAGUUCCUCGCGAGCCCCGAUAGUGAUGGCUCACUCGAACCUCCCUUACUCCACCCCGUUGAAAGAUACGCCUCGCGUGACUGGGAUGUGACUCAUGUUGUACCUCGCACCUACGUCGAGCAUAUGAGAAUCAUGAAUCUGGUUGAGCGAUCUGACAAUAUGCUCAUCGACAAGCAGGCAGCACGGGAAUCCCACGCGAUCGGCGGCGCACCAAUUCCCCCAAAACGUCGCCUUUCUGGCCGAAGAUUCGAACCUUUAGAUAGAGUGAUGUACGAGUUUAAGGAACUUGACUGGUGGCUUCAUCUUCUCGAGUCACCACAGCGAGGUUACAUCCCUCCUCGAAAGGCUCCGGAACAACCUCUUAACCCAAAAAACUCUGCCUGGUUCGAGGAACAAUAUGACUACAUCGGUCAAGUCGCCGAUAUGUAG